AUGCUCGCUGAUAGCCAAGCUGCUGUUGGUGAUGGCGAGCGCGUUCGCUCUAGCGCUAGCUCUGUGGAGAAGAGGGACGUUGCAGAUACUAUGACUGCUACGCCGGCGACGAGUGGAGGUGUUACACUUAAGAAGUUCAAGUUCAGCGGCAUCUCGAUUAAAUCUUGCAACUCGACAACGCAGAAUUGUCAAGUAACUACGCAGAAACCUGCAAUUUUCUUUCGUAGAUUGGACAAAGGCAGUAACGACUGUUAG